GUAACAACGACGUGUUUGUGACCAUUCAGCUAGGCAAGGAGAAGUACCAGACGUCCACCAUCAAGAAUGCCCUCAACCCGGAGUGGUUCGAGGAAUGCGAUCUGCCCAUUCCCAACAUGCAGACGGAAAUUGAGGUCACCGUGUACCAUCAUGGCGUCAUCUCUGACGACUUCCUUGGUUACGUUUCCAUCCCGCUGUGGGAGCACAAGGUCACGGAGACAUCCAAGAGCAGCUGGAUCCCCCUCCACAACAAGCCAAACUCCAAAUCUGGGGACAGCAAAUACAGAGGCGAGCUGGAGGUCAAGCUGACAUUUCACAACCAGAGCAGAACGGAAGUCUUGCCACAUGGGCUGAAAAAACGGUCAUCUUCUAUCAGAAAUCUGGCAACUUCUUUAGGGGAUAAAUUUAAAUUCGCGAGAAGUCGCUCGUUUCGUGAGAACCGAAGAGACCCAGAGGGCGGGAAAGUCGACAAGAGCCGGACGUUGAGUAGCAGAGACUCAAACAAUUCUCUGGAAUCCACGGAGACUGCCUCCAUGAGAAGCAGCUCCCACUACGCCCAGCCCUCUGUCCACUUUUCAGCCCUGGACGUCAACCGUGUCCCGUGGGGCAUUAACCCCAAUGCUCCG